AUGCGCCGUUUCUUUUCCAAGUUUGCUGCGGGCCUGCCGGCACGCUUCGCCUCCACAGCACCACCGGCGGGCAGCGCGAAGGCCGCUGCCUCGGCUGCCGCGGGACAGAAGUCGUUCUUUAAGGCGACGGAGAUGAUUGGCUAUGUGCACUCCAUCGAUGGCACCAUUGCCACGCUCAUACCUGCACCUGGCAACCCUGGCGUGGCUUACAACACCAUCAUCCAGAUCCAGGUGAACCCGACAACGUUUGCCGCCGGCUUGGUAUUCAACCUGGAGAAGGACGGCCGCAUCGGCAUUAUUCUGAUGGAUAACAUCACGGAGGUCCAGUCUGGCCAGAAGGUGAUGGCGACGGGCCAGCUGCUCCACAUUCCCGUGGGCGCGGGCGUGCUUGGCAAGGUGGUGAACCCACUUGGCCACGAGGUCCCCGUCGGCCUGUUCACACGCAGCCGCAGUCUGCUGGAACAAACAGUCGGCAAGGUGGACACCGGCGCUCCGAACAUCGUGUCACGCUCUCCAGUGAACUACAACCUGCUCACCGGUUUCAAAGCCGUAGACACAAUGAUUCCCAUUGGCCGUGGCCAGCGCGAGCUGAUUGGUGGGCGAUCGUCAGACGGGAAAACAUCCAUUGCCGUGUCCACGAUCAUCAACCAGGUGCGCAUCAACCAGCAGAUCCUGUCGAAAGAUGCGGUCAUUCCAUCUACGUUUCCAUUGGGCAGCGUUUGCUCAACGUGGCGCGCAUCA